GCUGUCCAUUGAUUCGAGUACAUUUUUGGACAUUUGUAAAUAGUUUGUUUUAGUUAUCUGGUGUAAAAACGUGUGCGAGUGCUGCCCUCUUCAGGUUGAACGGUGGCUACUGCAGGUGAAUUUUCCUAUUGGAAGUUGUGGUGCCAUGUGACAUAAGCAGGCACGAGCUCACCACACCUUUGUCAUACGCUCAGCCCCUGAUAUAAAAACAUCGUAUUAGUCCAAAGCACUGUAGCGAGUCAGGAGUUGGAAUUGUUAGUACCACCAGGAUAGUGAAUAUUAGCAUAGUUGUUAAUAACAUAGUUAGCUAGUAGGUAAGUAUUGCACCAGGAUUCAGUAUAGCUUCAAGUUAGCAUUAGCUUUAUCUGUGUUUAGUGCAGGUUAGGAUGGGACGUAGGUGUUGCGUUGCUGGUUGCAACAGCACUGCUGGACUGCAUAACUUUCCAGCAGACUUGAAUAUUAGGCGCCGGUGGUUGUAUGCACUUGGCAUGCAAGACCGUGAGUUCCCGUCUAUCGCUCGAGUGUGCAACCUGCAUUUUACACGGGAUUGCUUCUCCAACGCAAUGGAGGUGGAAAUGGGCUUCUCCACACAGCUGGCGCUGAGAAGCGACGCCGUGCCAAACGCUCAUCCUCCUCGUCCUCCUCCACCACGGACUGCACCCGCGCGGCGGCGUCUUAAACCGAGUCCAUCUGUGGGGUUUGCGCAUGUGGCCUGCCAGACGGAUCCGCCAACCGCCCCCUCAUGUGGCUCACCGCUCUCCAAGAAGACUCACACACCUCCCUUCAGAAGCACAGGUGGCGCUGUGUCCUGCCCCGAUGCUGGCGUCGACACCGCGGCGGUCAGCGCUUCGGGACCGUCACGCAAGAGACCCCGGCUGGACGAGGAGGAGCUUAAUGAAGGCCCACGUGACGUCACUAAUGCUCCCCUACACUCGCUCACUGCGACCCAGUCCACCGAUGUGAAAACGGACCCGUCCAGUCGACCCACAAGAUGUCCAAGUACAUCGUGUAUGAGAGCUGUCUCCUGGAGCUGUUCGAGGUGUGCCUGAGGUGUGGACGAGCCUCGC